GUACCAAGUUGCAGAAUUUGGAAUAAUCUUUUUUCGGUGACCAAACCAGGGUUUUAUUAAGCCCGCGUUUAUUUUUCUUGCAUGCUAACAAAAAAAAGCGAGCGUCUCAAAAGAUGUCAAAAUCCCUGUCGUUUCGGUUGCAAAGUAAGCUCCAUAAUGGAGAUAAUGACCAAAACGGCAAUAGAAGAAAUAUGCAAAAUUGUAGACAGCGAUUUUGCGUUUUUACGACAAGAACUGUCUCGAGUCAUGGGUGAAAACACAGUUCUCAAGGACAAAAUGCUCUGUUUCGGGAGCGAAAGGCACGAAGAAAGCGUCACAAAGGAAGAAGCGCGCGCUGGCUCCAAAAUAUAUCGCUCUAUUUGCGUUCAAACCGAAGACGGAGAGCAGCCCUCCAUCAAAGGCAUAUUUGGAAAGGAGUGGUGCUCCAGUUUAUGGGAUCGGAGGAACGAGUCCAGAGAAGAUGAGCUGGCGAUCGAUGUCGACCUGUACAGCGUGUCGCCUCAUAAGCACAGAGAACAAGAGCACUCCGACCUGGUCAUAAUCAAAGAGGAGUGUUUUGAAGUGGACACUUAUCCCAGUUAUACAGGGAAAACGCCCCCAGCUUCGAGAGGACAACCAACAUCUUCUGCAUAUGAGCCAGUGGUAGACUCAAAAAGUUUUGAUGGCCAUUUUGUGUCCGCCGAAUUUUCAGAGCUAUCGGAAAUACAAAACACCUCCUCCGAUUCUCAGACAAACACUCUAGGAAAAACUCCAUCGAUGAGGCUGUCGACCAGUUAA